AUGGGCGAGGCAUACUUUUUAAGAAUCCUUCUUAAUAAGGUAGUAGGUCCUAAGUCUUUUGAAGACAUUCGUACUGUGAAUGGACAAGUCUUCCCAACAUUUAGAGAUGCGUGCUACACUAGAGGCCUUUUAGACGACGACAAGGAGUAUAUAGAAGCUAUCAAAGAGGCGUACUACACAGGUUCAGGUUACUAUCUUCGUAAUCUGUUUGCUACAAUGUUGGCGUCUAAUACAUUUUCAAAGCCUGAACAUGUUUGGGAAAACACAUGGGAGUACCUUGCGGAUGGUAUUUUAUACAAUCGGCAAAAGCUUUUGAGGAUCAAAGGUUUGUCUCUUCCAGAAGAACAAAUAAGGAACCUAACGUUGUUGGAAAUUGAGCGUUACUUAUUACGUAACAACUCAAGUUUAAGUCAGUUUCCGUCUAUGCCUCAACCCGACAGUGAAUCAAUAUAUUCAGCAGACAACCGUUUAAUUGCUGACGAGCUUAGGUACGAUGUAAGUGCUACUGCCAUUGAAUUUGAUAAUAAUUUAAGCAGCCUAACCGAUGAUCAGCGUUUAGUGUUUGAUGAGAUAAUUGAAACAGUUAAUAGUAAUGCGGGUGGUUUGUUCUUCGUCUAUGGCUAUGGAGGUACUGGUAAGACAUUUCUUUGGAAGACAUUAUCUGCAUCCAUUAGAUGUAAAGGCGAUAUUGUACUAAAUGUUGCAUCAAGUGGAAUCGCAUCUCUUUUGUUACCUGGUGGACGUACUGCACAUUCAAGGUUUCAUAUACCUUUAAAUUUAACAGAAACCUCGAUGUCUUUUAUUAAACCGGAUGAUGACGUUGCUGAUUUAUUGAAGAAAACGAAAUUGAUCAUUUGGGAUGAAGCACCGAUGAAUCAUAAACAUGCGUUUGAAGCACUUGACCGAACAAUGAAAGAUAUCUUCAAAUGUGAGAUGACAUUUGGUGGAAAAGUUAUGGUGUUCGGUGGUGACUUUAGACAAAUACUUCCGGUUGUACCAAAUGGCAGUAGGCGAGAUAUCGUUAAUGCUUCAAUCACGUCGCCGUAUAUUUGGAGUACUUGCAAGGAGACUAAAGCUUUUGCGGAUGGGUUGCUUGACUUGGGCGAGGGAAAGAUUGGGGACAGUGAUGAUUGUGAGGUGGUUAUAGAUAUUCCUGAAGAUUUGUUAAUCAAGUGCUCUGAGGAUCCUAUGUCAGAUCUGAUCGACUUUGUAUAUCCUUCGCUUCUUCAACUGUACAAAGAUAAAGAUUAUUUUGCUGAAAGAGCUAUAUUGGCACCAACAAACGAGGUUGUUCAAGAAAUUAAUGAAAAAUUGCUUGCUUUGUUUCCUGGCGAUGAAGUGGAGUAUCUGAGUUCUGAUAGUAUUUGUCAAACUGAUCAAGGAAAUAAUGAAGCAAAUGCGAGACUAUAUUCUCCCGAUGUUCUAAAUGGUUUAAAAAUUUCUGGUCUGCCUAAUCGUCGAUUAGUCCUUAAAGUUGGUGUAUCUGUAAUGUUGCUUCGUAAUAUCGAUCAACAAAAUGGUUUAUGCAACAGUACGAGACUACGGAUUACUAAACUUUAUAAACAUGUUAUAGAGGCGGAGAUUAUAUCCGGAGGAAACAUAGGGACCAGAACGUUUAUUCCACGAAUCAGUUUGACACCGUCGGAUAAAAGAAAUCCUAUCAAGUUUCAACGACGACAAUUCCCUAUAAAUGUAUGUUUUGCAAUGACUAUAUAUAAAAGUCAAGGACAAUCUCUAUCAACGGUUGGAUUGUAUUUGAAAUAUCAAGUUUUCUCACAUGGUCAGCUUUAUGUUGCGUUAUCAAGAGUUAAAAGCAGAGGCGGUGUGAAGUUGCUUAUACUAGACAAAGAUGGGAAUGUAACGAGUAAAACAACAAAUGUAGUCUACAAGGAAGUUUUUUCCGGCAUUUGA